GAAAGGGGGCGCUGAUCAAGUCAUGACGUCAUUCAAGAAAAUCAAGGAAUCCCAAGAUUAUCUUUCACCUCCUCCACUGGCGUUCAUUUCGUGGAGUGACAGCUCUUGAUGCAUGUUCACUUCCAUUGCUAGCACCGGAAUGUUGAGUGAUAGAUCUUUAUGCAACAACAGCGCCUGUUAGCUACGAGAUAAGACGACGCUUGUGGUCGAUACGGAAAAUGCCCGAGGGUUAGAGUGACCUGACGAUAGUUGAGAGGUGUCUGGCUACAUUGAUCUCAUCCUAGAUAAGCCCAGUGGAUCCUUUGUCAGAUGGAAUGACAUGAAUCAUCAGAGUCAUUGACUAAACACGAUGAUUAAAUUUCUCUACAUUAUUAAUAAGCAAGGGGUGCUUAGGCUUUCCAGGUAUUUCCAACACAUGGGCUUAAAGGAAAGGAAUCAGCUGCAAACCAGUAUCAUCAGGAGUGUCAUGGAAAGAUCUGAUAAACAGAGGUGUUUAGCCCAACUCCAAACUGAAGGGCCUACGAUAGUUUACAGGAAAUAUGUGAGCCUGUACAUGAUAUCAGCUGUAACUCCAGAUGAGAAUGAGCUAGCAGUGUUGGAGCUGAUGCAGAAUAUCUUGGAAACCCUGGACCAGUAUUUUCAGAAAGUUACUGAGGUAGAUAUAGUGUCUAAUACUGAGCGGGUGCACAUGGUGUUAGAUGAAAUGAUUGUUAAUGGUUAUGUUGGAGAGACAAGCAAAGUACGAGUCCUUGUACCAUUACAGUUACUGGAUGCAGCCAAGAAGUGAUCAUAUGGCAGUGUUCAAAAUCUAAAGACGGGCAGGGCCCAUGGGACUUUCAGUGUUUGAUUCUUGUGACCCACCUAACCUUCAUCUUUGAUGAAAUGGUUGCUGAACCAGGCAAGAGUUUAUUCCUUGUAUCUCUACGAUUACUGGACACUACCAAGAAAUGAUGCCACAACGUUGAAUGAAAUGUUUGUUAGUGGAUGAGACCCACUUAAGAACCAGAAUAGGAAGCAUGGGCCUAUCUGCAAUACAUUUAGGUGGCUUCUGGUGAGAGAAGAAAACUGACUUCUUACACAUCUUCACAACUGCAGUAACUGACGUUCACAAAUGACCAGCUAGUUGGUGGAGUAUGAUCCAGUGAUGUGGAUGUUAAUCUAUUUAGUAUAUAAAUAAUAUUAAAAGGGAAAGAUCAGGACCUUAAGUAAACUGUGUUUUAUUGGAAGACUGUGCCAAGAUUUGGUGGUGAUUAAAUUGCUUUCCUGGAUAAGGUGUAAGUACAUACCUGUGUUGUAUGUUGAGACAUGACUUCCUUCACACAGUUAUUUAAUGUCUGGAAUGGAUCAGAGGAUCCCGCGGAUAAUUUCAGCAUAUGUGAUGAUGACAUGCUUGUAUGUAUGUUGUUAUAUAAAGUAUUUUCUUUAUGAAAACUA